AUGAGAGUUUCUGAGCAGUACUUUCCUGUGGUACUGUUUAUUAUGCUGUACAAGCCGGUUCUAACUUUUGAGUCUGUGGAUGAAAUCCUUAAGUGUGACCAUUUCAAUGAAAGCUACUAAGCGGUAGUUUCCUGUCAAGCUGUUUACUAUGCUGUACAAGGUGGUUCUUACUUUUGAGUCUGUGGAUGAAGACCAGUCAAAUGAAAGCUACUGCGCAGUAUUUUCCUAUGGUACUGUUUAUUAAACUGUACAAGACAGUUUUACAUUUAGCUCUAAAAGGCUAG